AUGCUUAUGGUUAUGCGCUUAUGCAAAAGUCUGUGCUCGAGUCCUUAGUAGUCGUGCAUAACAUAUAAUAAACACGGAAAAACAAAAUUGCUAAAUGUUUACAACUUAUUGAAAUUUUAUAUAUUUUUCAAACAGUUGGUAGCCAUGUGUUCGAUACACAAAUCUCGAUUCAGCUGUUCAGUGUAUAUUUAUGUCGUCUUGUGACUUGUGACGCUGUAGAGAAUUGUAGCGAACACUUUAUAUUGCCUGUGCUUCGUGUUAACAAGUUUCCUAUGUAAUAAUAGUAAAAAGCCGAUUUAUCAAGAUUCGAUAUCUGAUUACCUUUACCAAUUUACAUGAUGCAGCGCAUGCAAAAUAGUGAUCAGUUACUAUUACCAGGAGGAGAAACUACAGAACGUCAAUUAACAUUAGUUAUUUGGGCAACAACGGAAAAAAAGCUGGAAUUUAAACCAUUACCUGGAUUUGACCCUAACUUUGAUAAUUUACAAUAUUAUCGUGCUCAGCAAAAAAUUGAUUGUGAUGAAGUAUAUCCUGGAAUAUAUAUUGGCGAUGGAGUUACAGCAAAAAACAAGGAAUAUCUUAAAAUGUUAGGUAUAACACAUUUAUUGAAUGUUGCUGAAGGAAAAAGAUAUGGAUUUGUAAAUACAGAUAACAAUUAUUACGCUGAUACAACGAUAAAAUAUCUUGGCUUGCCAGUUACAGAUUUACCUUCCGCAGAUAUCAAUAAAUAUUUUUAUAUAGCAGCCAAUUUCAUUGAUGAAGCAGUAUCUUUAGGAGGUAAAGCUUUUGUACAUUGCAUGCAGGGUAUAUCUCGCAGUGCUACAUGUGUUCUUGCAUAUUUAAUGAUAAAGAAGAAUAUGUUAGCAACUGAUGCUAUGCAUUUAGUUCGUACAAAUCGAGAUAUUCAUCCAAAUAAUGGUUUUCUUCGGCAAUUAGCAGAGUUGGAUAAUAAAUUGCGCAGACAACGUUUACGUUGAAUAUAUGCGAAAUAUCGAUGUUACAAAUGAUAAUCUUAUUAUUAAAUGAUAUUGUAUUUUGUGAAAUAUUUAAAUAAAGAUAAAUAUAUAGUAAGCACGCAAGAACCGGAACAUAAAAAACUAUUGUAGAGUAGUUGUCUACUAUUUAUAAUCUAUAAAUUUUAUUUUACGAUUAAAAUACAGAAGUAUACUAAAAUUAUAAUAUUCGUAAUUAGUAGAAUAGGGCACGAUACAAAACAAAGUAAUUAAAAAAAAAAGUUUGUAAAUUGAUAGUCAUAGUCUCACUAUAUAACUGGUCGCGAGUCAACUAUACUUUUGAUUUGCAAAUUCAUAUUUAUUACAAAUUUCAAGAGAUGAAUUAUAAAUUUCAAUUUUGUUCUACGUAUUAUUUAGCUAUGUAAGCAAUAUUUAAGAAAUUUUUUAUGAAAAAAUAUAAUUUUUUGAGGCAAAACAUACGAAUAAAAAUUAACGAACGGAAAUUAUUAAUCUCAUCGUAUUUACACAGUACUUACUACAGUGCAAAAUGUAUUUUGUAUAUAAUGUUUCAUCAUAAAUUUAUGUAUACAAUUUUAAAAAUCGAUUUUAUAUACUGCGUCUUAUUGUUAAUUCUAAAAAAUAUAUAAAACAAAAUUAUUGGAAAAUUUAAACAAAAUACGAAAAUUAAAAAUUGUUAUAUCUAUAUUAUAUUAUAUCAUGAUAUGUUACAUGAUAUGCUGCAAAAUUUAAGCAGGAAUUCUUGGCAUACAAAUAAUAGAUUUUCAGCAUUGCGUGUUGUUAUAGUAUAUAAAAAAAGACUAACAAAAAUAAAAAAUGAGUACAUAAAAUAUCACACUAAAAAAACCUCACAAAGAUAAAAAAGUACGCCAAGUACAUAAAAAAUAUUCCUUGUACACAACAAAAAGUUGAACAGAUGUGAAAAUUGAAAAAAAUAUUUAUCUCAAAAAAAUAAUUAUAAAAGAAUUGUUCCCUAAAAAAUAAAAACCUCUAAAAAAUAAAAACUAAAUGGGAAAUCAAUAAUUAAGCCAAGUAGAAUUUAAUGUGUGAAGAUUUAUAAUUUGAAAUAAUAUUUGUCAUAAAAUUAAUUUUGCAUUUAUAGAAAUAUUAUGGAUUCUCUCAAAAAAAUUAAAACGCAUUUUAUUUUUAUUAAAAAAUUACAUUUAUGUUUCAAAUAAAUAUUUUGUAUAAUAUAGAAAAUAACAUUAUUAUAUUAUGGAUUUAUUAAAGAUAGUAAAUCAUAAUAUUACUUAACUCUUACUGCAAUAAUGUUGAUUACAUCGAUCACCAAUUUUGAAUUUAAAAGUCCAUGUCAAAUAUAGAUCGAUUUGUUUUAAAAUUAAUCAUAAUCUUAGCAGAAGCCUGGAACAAAGAGGUUAAUAUUAAAGUGACAUAAAAGUUUGGCGUGCCCGAGUCGCAUUAUAAGUCAUACAGUUUUAUUAAUAUUGAUAAUGAUUUUUAAUAAUCUUUUGCAAAUUUAUAUUUCAGGCACGCCAAGUUUUUAUGUCACUUUAAUAUUAACUCUUUCGUCCCGGGUUUCUGCUAAGAUUAUGAUUAAUUUUAAAACAAAUCGAUCUAUAUUUGGCAUGGACUUUUAAAUUCAAAAUUGGUGAUUAAUGUGAUCAACAUUAUUGCAGUAAGGAUUAAGUAAUAUUAUGAUUUAUUAUCUUUAAUAAAAACCGUAAUAUAAUAAUGCUAUUUUCUAUAUUAUACAAAAUAUUUAUUUGAAACAUAAAUAUAAUUUUUUAAUAAAAAUAAAAUGCGUUUUAAUUUUUUUGAGAGAAUCCAUAAUAUUUCUAUAAAUGCAAGAUUGAUUUUAUGACAAAUAUUAUUUCAAAUUAUAAAUCUUCACAAAUUAAAUUCCUUCUACUUGGCUUAAUUAUUGAUUUCCCAUUUAGUUUUUAUUUUUUAA